CAAUUUUUAUCAAAUUUUUUAUAUUUUUUCGGCAAUUUUCCACACUGAAAAAUUGAACCAAAAUCGAAUUUUUAUAGCAAAAUGGUGGAAGAUGUCCCUAUGACGUCAUCGAAUAAUACGUCAGUCACCCAAUUUGAACGAAGACAUCGAAGAGAUUCAGACACUAUUGCAAUAGGAAAUCGGGAAACCGCCAGCAAAACGGUCAGAUUCCCGUCGGCUCAGUUGACUAACGAAGAUUUUGUCCGGAUAGACUCUUGGAGACAUGAUAGAGGUUCUGAAGAAAGGGAAAAUGGGAGACGCUGGUUUGAUUUUCUCUACUGUUCCUGCAUAGAUUCCAUCCGUAAUUGGUCGCGAAGACGUCAAUUUUGCCUUGCCAGUGUACUUAUUUUACUUUUAUUUUUUAUUGCUGCCGCUAUAGUUUUAUUGAUUUUGUUGUUAGUUAAUAAUGACCAAAACAACAAAAACUACACAAAUGACGUCAUCACUCCGCCCCCUCCAACAACCCCGAUGCGCAUAGUUACAGUACCCCCAGAGUCGCCAUAUCUCCAGGCGUUUGUUUUAAAAAUGACGUUAUCAUUUUACGAUUUCAAUAUGACGAAUUUGUUGAGCUUUACCCCCGAAAACCAGGGGUACACGUGGCAAAAUCGAAUUUUCGGAUUUUCAAAUUCUAGCACCGAAAAUUUGGUGGUUUUUACUCCAAAAACCGAGAAAUUCUCCAAAUUUUCACUGAAAAAUUCAAAAAAUCUCACAGAAAAUUGUGCCACGUGUCAAAUUCUACAACUUGACUCAAAUUUGGUCAACUAUGACGUCACUAAUCUAAUUUUCUGCUGCAGUGGGUGUCAGGGCGUGGGCGGUGCGUAUUACUGUAACAAUCACGGGUACGAGCUGUCCCUUGAAGAUGAGCCGGUCGAGAUUCAGGUUCUUGGGGACCGGGUACUGUACCUGAUGACGUGGCAGAACACCACGUGUACACUACAAACUACAAUUUUCAAUGGAACUGACGGAAAUGUUCAGUUGGGAGAGACGCAGAGUUGUCCGAAUACGGUAGCACCGAAUUGGCUGAAAAAUCCAAUUUUGAACCUGAUGACGUCAUCGGAAUUUUUGACAGAGGAUUACGGUAGUGGACCCUCCUGGCGGCUGGAUACGGUAGUUAGUACUCAUGGAAAUUUGGUACUUUAUGAUCGAUAUGGAAACCUGACAAAUGUGAUCUACUAUGGAAUGAAUGUUAAUGCGACGCAGGAGCCGUUUAAGGUAAUUUCCACUCGAAUCGAUGACUCCGUAUCUCACCAUAUGGUAGCCGUAAUCUACCCGACACGUAUCUACGUGACACGUCAGCACCUUGUCUCCGGUUGUGUUACAGUACUCUCUACCCCGGGAUACGUGGAAUAUCGGCUCAGUGGGAAGUUUGGGGGCGGAGCUUGGACUGGUGAUGAUUUGAUGAUAUGGUACCAGGAUAUGGGCGGAGCCUAUGUUGCCACGUUUCAAUUCAAAUUUCCGUCGGAUUAUAACUGUGAUCCACAGAAGAUUGAUUGAUUUUUUUUUGGGAUUUUUUUUUGUUGAAAAUUUUGAAAUUUAAAAAUAUUUACGGGUUUUCUUAUGAAUAAAUUAAUAAACAAAGUAAUGAACUAGCAAAAAACAAGAAAACAAAAAAU